CGCAUCAGACGGCGUGCGUGGCGCGGUCAGCGCCAAUAGCGCCGGGUUCUCUCGCCGCCAUCAGCGCAACAAGAAGGCGUUUGACGAGAGCUUCAGCUCAGGCCUGUCCACGAUUCCGUCAUCGGGCAAUUUGAGCGGCUCUGGCAACUCCGCCAAGCUUGCGGCGCGCUUGGCCGCGGACCAGGAGCGCCGGCAACAGGCCAAGCGCGAAGGCGGACCCUCCGAGCAGGCCCGCAUCUUCCGUCGCGAGAGAGAUCCAGCCAAGCGUCGUGCAGCGACAGCGACGGGCGAUACUGGGGCCGUUGCGACACGUCUGCUCGAGCAGAGCGCCGAGCGAACGGCGGAGGCUGAGACUCGACGUCUCUCGACCGGCGAACACCGGCUGCUUCCGGCAGUGUUGCGGCAAGACAUCACGUCCUUUGAGGGCUUCGCUCGCAAGCGCUUUGCCACGCACCGCAAGGGUCCGUUUCGCAUGCUGCGAGUCCCCGUGCAGAAGCUCGCGCGGUGGCAGCGCACGCCGAUCUCUGCGCCUCUCCUCUCGCUCGAAAAGGCAGAGGAGCGCGCCGAUGCCGUGCGCAUCUUCAAGGUGAUUCUGCGAGUCUGCGGCGAUCGCGAUGCGCCCGUCUUCUGGCCCAGCGUGCCUGAGCCGGCAGAGCUUGGCUAUGGAACAGUGCCGAAGCGAGUUCCGGUGCUGAGCGGCGGCAGUCCUCUGCCCGACGGCUCGACGCUCGCCGGAGACAAGCUGCUCGGCCCUUCGGUGCGGGAAGAGCAGCGAUGGCUGCUCGAGAAGGGCAUCCUCUCAAGCCCGGCAUUGCGCGACGAGGUCUACGUGCAGUGCCUCAAGCAGAUGACCGACAACCCUGGGCGCGACUCUUUCGUGCUUGCCUGGCAGCUACUCGGCACGCUGCUCGUGUGCUUUCCGCCGUCGAAGGAAGCUUCAAGCGCCGGCUGUGCCGCUGCGAACACACGCAGCGAGGACGACGCGACCAUCAUCGGCAUCCUUGCGCGCCACGCGGCGUCAAGGCUAGCUUCGAUCUGCCAGCGGGGUCCUCGUGGCCGCGUGCCGUCACUGGACGAAGUCGAGUACGCCAUGGACGCGGCGUUUGCGCCGAGCGUCUUUGGCCAGAGCCUCGACAUCGUCAUGGACCGGCAGAAGGAGGCGUACCCAGACGUCCAAGUGCCUAUCGCGCUCGUCUUCCUCUGCGACGGCUUGCUGGCACUCAAUGCGCACAAACGCGCAGGCCUCUUCCGACUCACAGCAGAGCCGGCACUCGUGACCACGUUGCGGCUGCGCCUGGACCGCGGGCACUAUAGUCUCGAUGGCUUGGUCGCAGAAGGCGAAGACGGCGAGACACUCUCUGCAGUCCUCGUCUCGACACUGAAGCUCUUCCUGCGAGAGCUCGACCCGCCAUUGGUGCCCUCUGAAGCCUACCAGACGGCGUUGGGCGCCUCGCACAAUCCUGCACGAGUUGUCGAGCACGUCCUGCGUCUGCCGUCGAUCAACAUCCGGUCUCUGGCCUACCUCAUCAAGUGGCUGCAAGGCUUCUGUACUCCAAAGGUUGCUGCGGCUGCCGUCAUUACGCCCGAGGCGCUCGCCGCCGCUUUUGCGCCGAAUCUUCUGCGCGACCCGCGCCCGAGUACCACGCUGGAAGAGGCGGCAGCGAACAGCAACCUCGAGGCGCGCUACGUCCUGACGCUGCUGCGGGACCUGCCCUGCCAAGCGCUGCUGCGCGGCAAG